AUGGAAAGUGAUGACCAAUUCAUUCAAUUUAUUCAGAAGAAAAUGAUGUUAAUAUCAUGGAUGGAAUCUAUUCUUAAAGUACCUAUAAAUCCUGAUUUAUGUAAUUCACUUAAAUCAGGAACAAUUUUAUGUUAUUUAGCAAAAACUAUUGAUGAUGAUCUUAUUCCAGUUAUUCAUGACUCUAAACACCCAUAUAAACAACUAGAAAAUUUAAAUAUGUUUCUUCAAGUGUGUAAAGAAAUGCAUGUUCCAUUACUAAGAAUUGCAACAUAUGAUGAUUUUGUAAAAGGGAAUAUUGUUAGAGUAGUUGAAUGUGUAUUUUUAUUUGCUACAGAAUGUUUUAAAAUUUAUAAUAUUGAACCAUUUCCACAAAUUCCUAUUGAAGAAGUUAAAAAAAAUAUUCCUUCAGCUCAGGAAGCUGAAAGUAUUAAAGAGCAAUUAAAGUAUAUUCAAAAAACAGUUAUUGGAGGUAAAAUUCGAGUUUCUGCUUCAGUAUUUCGAACUACAUUACAAUUUCUUAUGUCAACAACAAAAGGAUUUGAUAUGAAUGUAUUUGAAGGUACUAUUGCUAAAGCACAAGCUUAUUUCAGAAGAUUUUCUGCAAAAAAUGAAAUGAAUUCAUUAAAAAAAAAGAAUGCAUUUAGAAUUAAAGUUACACAAGAAAUGAUUAAAACAGAAGAUGAUUAUGUUCAUUAUCUUAAAGAAGGUAUUGAUAAAUAUAGACCAAUUAUCCAAAACUUUGUUGAAAAUGGUGCAUUAAAGAAAGAUAGUGUUCAAGUAAUUUUUAAUAAUAUAGAAGAAAUUUAUCAAUUUAACUCUAAUUUUUUAAAUGAUUUGAAGAAAGCUACUGAAGAUAUGAAACCAAAUAAACCAUGGAUUAAUGUUUAUAAAGAACUUGAAGGUGCACUUAGUGUUUACACUCCUUACCUUGUUAAUUACUCUGAAUCUAUAGAACGAGUAGAACAAAUUUUAUGUAUUGAAUGUGUUAGAGAAGCACUAAUUAAAGAAAAAGGGAAUGAUAAAGAUAUGUCAUCAUAUUUAAUUAUGCCAAUUCAAAGACUUCCAAGGUACGUUUUAUUAUUAAAUGAAUUAAAAAAACAUACAUGGAAUGAUCAUCCAGAUGCAAAAAAUCUCGUUGAAAUGGUUACUCUUAUUAAGAAUGUAACUACCACAAUAGAUGAGACUAAAACUAAAGCAGAUAGUGAAAGAAUUAAACCAAAAUUAUUUGAUAAAUUUACGCCAGGAAAAUUUGGAGAUAUAUCAAACGAAGAGAUAUUAUAUAUAACUGAUUUUAAAUUAAAAGGAUGUCCAGUAUCAGCUAUUCUAACACAAAAUUUACUUGCAAUAGCAAAUAAAGAAAAUUUACUUAGAUUUGUCUUUCCGUUGUCAAGAAUUACUCUUCUUCCUUGUAACUCAAAAAAAGAUUCUAUUAAAAUUAGAAUAAGGUCUAAAAGUAAAAUAAAAUUACAAGGAAGUAAACUUGUUCCUGACGGUGGAUUAAUUAGAAUGGUUAAUGAUCUCAAAAAGUUACAAUCUGCUUCAAUUCCUAACUUCCCAUUAACAGAAAGUUGUGCAAUUCAUAGGACAAUAGAAUUACAUUCUGGUAAUAUUGAUAGAAGUAUUGAUCCAGAAGAAGAAUUAAUGAAAAGGAGAAAAGACAAAGGAGGAAGGAUUUCUGUUUAUUCGAAAAGACCUAUUGCAUUGACUAAUGACCAACUACCGUUUAACUCUUCUUUAUUAAAAGUUCCUACUGAAAGAAAGAAUAGAUGUUCUGAAAUUCCAACUGAUAAUAUUAAAUGUAUCGAAGAGUAUAAAAAUGAUAGACAGUCAGAGUGUUCAAGAAAAGACUCUGUAGGUGGAACUGAUAGUCCUUCUUCAUUUAAACCUAAAUUAACAAUUUCUGUUAAUAAUGGUAAAGGGGAUACUUCAAAAAGAGAUCGUAGAUCUUCAUGUGCUGAAAUUACAUUAAAAGUAUCAAAACAUGGUGGAAAUAAUGAUUUAACAAAGAAUAUGUUAAGAGAAAAAGGUGUUCAAUUAGUAGAUGGUAAAAGAACACUUAAUUCACUUGGGCUCGAGGUUUAUUCUUUUAAAGAAUUAGAAAAUAAACCAGAAGGUAUUGCCAAAGACGAUUUAGUUUUUCAUUUAUCAGAUGAAGAUUUUAUCGAAUUAUUCGAUGUUACCUUUGAUAUGUUUAAAUCAUGGAAACAAUGGAAACAACAAACAGAAAAACAAAAGGCAGGAUUAUGGUGA